GGCUUGCGGGGCUCAGGUAUUUCGGACGCUGCUGCCCCUUGCGCCAGCUGUGGAGUGGGCAGCGUCGGAGCUCUUGCCCCGAGCCUGCCCGGCAGCGUCGGGAGGCGCGGGCACCGGAGAGGUCCUUCCUGCUACUUCUCCCGGCGCCGCCGCUUCUGCCUGCUGGAGAGGUGGGAGACCUUCCUCGCUGUUUGCGGACUUCCGCGGCCACCCUCAUUUUCCACCAUUGAGGAGCGGAGAUUCAGAGAACCAUCUACAACUCCUUGAAUCUCACCAGGCUCCCUUUUGCGGCGGAAGACCACAUUUGAGCAUCUCGCUGAGAUGCAGGAAUGGAAGAAGCCACCUUGCAGCUUCUCUGCGGUGUGGCUUGCCUGACUUACCCGUAGGAAUGAAGAGGAGGCAUCGAGGUAAUAACCCGAUGAGGCACUGAAAGCCAAAUGGCAAAGAAGGUAUCACAGGACAUUUGGGAGGAACACACACCUUUGUGGGUGUAAUUGGACGAGUGGGGAAGAGGAGCCCUCUUAAAAAAGCACAACGAUCCUUUGAGAGAAAUUGAGUUUUCCCAUUUUUGCUAAGAUAUUGAAGACAAAUCCAUGUAUUGUACGUUUGAUGUAAGAUGAGAACUUUAUAAAGUUUUCUGUCCAAGAGCUUAAACGAUGACUACCCCAGCCCUGCUGCCCCUCUCUGGACGUAGGAUACCACCUCUGAACCUGGGGCCGCCCUCCUUCCCACAUCACAGGGCUACCUUGAGACUUUCUGAGAAGUUUAUCCUUCUCCUGAUUCUUAGUGCCUUCAUCACCCUGUGUUUUGGGGCAUUCUUUUUCCUACCAGACUCUUCAAAACACAAACGCUUUGAUCUAGGUUUAGAAGAUGUGUUAAUUCCUCACGUUGAUGCCAUCAAAGGGGCUAAAAACUCUGACGUCUUCCUGAUCCAUGGACCCGAUGAACACAGACACAGGGAAGAAGAAGAACGUCUGAGAAAUAAAAUUCGAGCUGAUCAUGAGAAGGCACUAGAAGAAGCAAAAGAAAAAUUAAAAAAGUCAAGAGAGGAAAUUCGAGCAGAAAUUCAGACAGAGAAAAACAAGGUAGCUCAAGAAAUAAAGAGUAAAGAGAAGAAGCCCUUGCCACCAGUUCCUAUUCCAAACCUUAUAGGAAUAAAUGGUGGAGACCCAGAAGAUAAUGAUACAAGAGAGAAAAGGGAAAAAAUUAAAGAGAUGAUGAAACAUGCCUGGGAUAAUUAUAGGACAUAUGGGUGGGGACAUAAUGAACUUCGACCUAUUGCCAGGAAAGGACACUCCACUAACAUAUUUGGAAGUUCACAAAUGGGUGCUACCAUAGUAGAUGCUUUGGAUACCCUUUAUAUCAUGGGGCUUCAUGCUGAAUUUCUAGAUGGGCAAAGAUGGGUUGAAGAGAACCUUGACUUCAGUGUGAAUUCAGAGGUGUCUGUGUUUGAAGUCAACAUUCGAUUUAUUGGAGGCCUGCUUGCAGCAUAUUACCUUUCAGGAGAGGAGAUAUUCAAGAUUAAAGCAGUGCAAUUAGCAGAGAAACUCCUUCCUGCUUUUAACACACCGACUGGGAUUCCCUGGGCAAUGGUGAACCUGAAAAGUGGAGUAGGCCGGAACUGGGGCUGGGCGUCUGCAGGUAGCAGCAUCCUGGCUGAAUUUGGUACACUACAUAUGGAGUUUGUCCACCUCAGCUACUUGACAGGGGACCUGGUUUACUACAAAAAGGUCAUGCACAUUCGGAAACUACUUCAGAAAAUGGAUCGCCCAAAUGGUCUCUAUCCAAAUUAUUUGAACCCAAGAACAGGGCGCUGGGGUCAGUAUCAUACAUCAGUUGGUGGUCUAGGAGACAGUUUUUAUGAAUACUUACUGAAAGCAUGGUUGAUGUCAGAUAAAACAGACCAUGAGGCAAGAAAGAUGUAUGAUGAUGCUAUUGAGGCUAUAGAAAAACAUCUUAUUAAGAAGUCCCGUGGAGGUCUUGUCUUUAUUGGAGAAUGGAAGAAUGGGCACUUGGAAAAGAAGAUGGGGCAUUUGACCUGCUUUGCUGGGGGAAUGUUUGCACUAGGAGCAGAUGGUUCCAAAACAGAUAAAGCUGGUCAUUAUUUAGAGCUAGGGGCGGAAAUUGCACGUACAUGUCAUGAAUCGUAUGACAGAACUGCAUUAAAACUAGGUCCUGAAUCAUUUAAGUUCGAUGGUGCAGUGGAGGCUGUGGCUGUCCGGCAGGCUGAAAAGUAUUACAUCCUCCGUCCAGAAGUAAUUGAAACCUAUUGGUACCUAUGGCGAUUCACUCACGAUCCUAGAUACAGACAGUGGGGCUGGGAAGCAGCGCUGGCCAUUGAAAAGUAUUGCCGAGUCACUGGUGGAUUUUCUGGGAUCAAGGAUGUAUAUUCCUCUGUUCCUACACAUGAUGAUGUACAGCAGAGCUUCUUUCUUGCUGAAACAUUAAAAUAUUUGUAUCUGCUGUUCUCUGGUGAUGACCUUUUACCUUUAGACCACUGGGUGUUUAAUACAGAGGCUCACCCUCUGCCCGUGUUACAUUUAGCCAACACCACACUUUCAGGUAAUCCUGCUGUUCGAUGAAAGUAGCUCCAGAAGGCCGAUUCUCACCUGUGUUUUGUUUACAUGGACCACUACAGAAAUUAGUCUGGAGAGGUGGCUUUUGAAAACCUGGACCUCUAAUUCAAAAUGACGGGGUGAAACUCUUCCCUGAAAGACUUUUCAACUUGUAGAUAUAUCAGCUUUGAAAUUAUUCCAUUUUAUACCUGACCAAAACGUGUUCUGGUAUGUGCUUUGAUUCUCUGUGAGGUGGUCAUAUGAGAAGUGAUUCUGAUUACAACUAGAUUGUUUUUAGAGUCCUGGAGGCUAGACUUCUUAAGAGCAACCAAGAAUACAAAGGACGUUGAGAAGUU